GUUUAACGAUCAACCUCAUGGAGAGUUCUGUGCUAUUUCUGAGUAUCAAAGCAUUGAAGUUAACAGUGUUGACAUGGCAAGGCAAAUCAGACUGAACUUUACCAGAUAUCAAGGGGCCUUUGGUUCUGUUAUUCUCACCUUUAAUGUCCAGUAUGAUAUUGGUGAUGCUGGAGUUGGUGUGAACCCGAGCACUGGUACUGUUACAUUUCAAGAUGGAGACCGGCAGGCAUAUUCUCUUGUCUCAAUCAUUGGAAAGGGAUUUGUUCGACUGAACUCAACUUUCACUGUUUACGCCACAGAUGUUCAAUAUCUGGGAUCAGGAGUAACAGAAGCACCAACAAUCAGAUCUGGAUGUUCAAAGGCACAAAUAAAAGUUCCUGGACUGGCUGCAAAUACGGAAAUUAGCUUCGCACAUGAUCUGGGAUUUGUUAAUGAAGGUGACCGUACAUUAACUGUCUCACUCAUGCGUGUUGGCACAUACGGGAGUCUUGUUGUUGACUGGGUCGGCGGCUACUCUUCUGCUGAUCAACCGCCCAAUGUAACAAAUGGGAUUAUCAGCCCAACUUUUGGCUCAGUUAACAUGGCACAUGGGCAAGAGACAGCCAAUGUCACUGUUCAGCUAUCUCCUCAAGUGGAUCAUCCAGAAGCGUUUGUGUUGCGACUGCCUCGACCUCCUCAGUCUCUUGUCAGUGGUGGAGCUCAGCUUGCUGCUUCAAAUCUGAUGACCCAUGUUGAUCCAUCUGGGCUGAUUCGCUUUUCGGAUACAUCUCUGAAAGCACAAGUCUCUGAACUAGAAGGGCAGGUGAUCUUAACACUGUGGCGCUUGUAUGGAUCUGAGAGCAGAAUUGCUGUGCACUUUCAAACAUUGUCAAACAAUGCUUCCGCCGAAGCAGGUGAUUUCACAGCAAUACCAGAUGGUGUUGUUGUCAUGGAACCUCAGCAGACAUUAGCAAACAUUACAAUACAGAUUCUUCAAGACAGUGUCCCAGAGCAGACAGAGACUUUCUUUGUCAGCCUGACAAGUGUGGAGAAGUAUCCCACACCUCUACAACCAGCUCUGAGUCCCAGACUUUCCAAGAUUUAUUCAGUUAGUCAAAUUAGCAUCAAAGAAAGCACUGAUGCUUAUGGAAUUAUAUACCUGAAGCCCACACAGAUAAAUGUCAAAGAAUCCUUCACUGUUGUUUCACUUACCGUUGUCAGAUCAGGUGGUGUCUUUGGUGUUAUAAGAGUCACAGUGAGAACAGUUGGAGGAGGUGAGAGCUGGACUGCUCAGAUCGUGCCCAACCUAGGCAGUUCCACAAAUGAUACCAUUGCUGAUGUAUUGGGUAAGAGAGAGAGCCAAGAGACAGCUACAGGAGGCCAGGACUAUGAUGUUCUCAACACAGUCAUUGAAUUUCAGGUACAAGAGACUGAGAAGAUUGUCAAUGUUACCAUACUAGAAGACAACCUACCUGAGCCAGCAGAGAGUGUUUUAGUGUAUCUUACUGAGCCCACUGGAGGGGCCCGUAUUGCAAGAGGAGCUUCAGAUGGUGGACAGAAGGGUUAUUCAAUAAUCAGCAUAGCAGCCAGUGAUUUCAGCAAUGGACUAAUUGGGUUUGAGGAGUCAUCAAAGAACAUACAUGUAAAUGAAGAUCUCUCUCCUAGGGCAGUCCUCAAGUUAAUCAGGCUGAAUGCAUUCUAUGGGGAAGUCAGGGUUAACUGGAAGGCGAAGAAGGCCCUGACCAGCACUGAUUUAGACGAUGCAGAUUUAUCCAAUCAGCUGAAGACCACAGCAGAUUUCACACUGUGCCCUCCAAAUAAGAGCCAGUGUGAUCUCAUUGUGGAGCUCAUUGAUGAUGAUAUCCCUGAAGAGAGCUACUCAUUUGUUGUGGUGUUGCUAAGUGCAGACACAGACGCACAGUUGAACCAGGACAGCCUCUCAGCAGUGGUGACUAUAGAUCCCAGUGAUGAUGUCAGGGGGUUGGUGCAGUUUGCCCAGAAUUCAAGGAUAUUAAUUGCUGGAGAGAAUGAGCAAGCAGUUCAGCUUGGAGUGGAAAGGGUCAAAGGUCAGAAGUAUGACGUGACAGUAGCUUUCAACACUCAGCAGAUGACAAGUAGUCAGAAAGUGUCUGGAGUCACGGUCUAUCCUGCCCUGGAAACACAGGACUUCAAAGGUCACUCGGGCACCUUGAUGUUUGCGGCAAACUCACAGGAACUGAAAUAUAUUGAUAUCAACUUAACUCCAGUGCUAGCAUCAAAUAAUCCGCUCCCCAAGCAGUUCUACAUAAAGUUGUCUUCACCAACAAAUGGUGCCAGAGUGGACACACAAGCUGGUAUUGCUACAGUUCGAAUUGUGAAAGAAGAAGAUAUUCCCAUCUGGACUGUGGCCGCUGCAUCACGGAAUGAAUCAUUUGCUGAUAAUAAUCCCAUUAUUGCUGUGGUCAGUCAGCUUGCAAAGUUUGCUGAAAAUUCUCUAUCUAAUGAUGGUCUGAGCAUCACUGAAGACAUUCUGGAUAAAGUUACCAGUCAAGGAAGCAAACGGAAGUUUCCAACAGAAGUAGUGACACCUAUCAGGAACCUGUUCUGUAAACUGCUGGAUGAAGCAAUCAGUGAUGCCAGGAGAGGACGUACUUCGCUAGUUGAGAAGCUGGAGGAGUUUGCAGAUACUUUGGUCACUAAUGCCACAUGUCCACCUGUUGCUAAUUUUGAUAUAGUCAGCACACAGUGUGCUAAUGUCAAGAUAUCAGCAGGCAGAUGGACCCCAAAUAACAUAGUAGGGCAUACCUUUGACGUUCAAUUAAAGGACAGCCUGACGUUGCCAGAAUCUCUGCCAGAGAUGGGGACAUCUAUUGAUGGUACAGAUGAUCAGUGUGUGGACUUUCACUUGCUGGAGUACAGCAGUCAGAUAUGGUUCAAAACCAAAACCAAUGCUGAUGAUGUUAUGCAUGACAGGAUUAUAGGGUUUGGGUUGAAAGGUCAUCAGUCUGGCAGAAUACAGUUUCCUGUGAAGUUCAAGGUUCACACACCUGACAGACGUGUCGCAGCAAAAGAUGCCAGGUGUGUCUACUUUGAUGAUGGCUUGGACAAAUGGGCCAGUCCCGCAGAUGUAUGUAAAGUGUUGAAUGACCUCACCAGUGGCCAGGAUGACUUUGUGGAUUGUGAGUGUGAUCACAUGUCUAGCUAUGCAGUCAUAGCCACAACCCACAGUGAGAGCAUCAUAGGAUAUGUCGUCUGGUUUUAUGUUGUUUGUUUCAUUUGCAUGGCUUCAAUGAUAAUAUCUGUGACUGUGCAUCAUUUAUGCUUCUCAAAUGCAACAUUUUCUGCCAGUGUGCAUAUGCACUUCCUUAUGGCUGUCUUCUUCACACAGAUGAGUCUGGUGAUUGAUGCCUUCUUCUCCCCUGAUGAUAUCUUGGCAUACAGUGUGCAUGAAGACAACUCCAGGUGUAUUGCCAUGGGCUUAUUCUUGCAUUACUUUUUCCUUGCUCAGUUCACUUGGAUCACUACUCAGGCUAUAAACUUGUGGAAGGUUCUUAUUAUGAACGAUGAGCACAGCGACAGACACUAUGUUGUCUUCUUCAUUGUUGGAUGGGGAGUACCAGUUAUUAUUGUUGCCAUAUUUUAUGCUGUGACAUUUAACAUCUUCAAGUAUCAUACUGACCUAAGUGUGGACUUUAUUUACGGAGAUGUCAACAAUAAUGGAGGCAUAUGUUUCCUAACCAGUGGUUAUUCAGCCCUUGGUGGGAUAUUAGCUCCAGUUCUGUUUGCAGCAUUGGUGGUGUGUACUGUGUUUGUAAAAGCAUACCAGCUGUCAUCACAAUGGUAUUACUAUGAUGAUGUUUAUCGUAGCCGACCUAACUCACAAGAAAUUCCAUUCCUGCUUGUUAUCUGGGGGAUUCUAGUGCUUGCCUAUUUGUGGCUCGCCCUACACAUGAUCUUUGGAUACCUGUGGCUGAUGGUCUUGUUUUGUAUUUUUGAUCUUAUUCUGGCACUUCUAGUCUUUAUUUUGUAUGCUGUCGUCCGCAAUCCACUGCUGGCAUGCAUCUUCGGACCUGUGAAGGCUUCAUACUCAGUAACUGGUGAUGAUGUUGAUACCUUCUCCACCCCUGUGCCAGACUACAGCUUGUAUGCUCCUACUGCCAGCAUCAAAGGCUCACAGGCUUCUUUAUUAAAUGAAUCCUGGGACAACAACACAGAAGAGAACAGAAAUAGAUUGACAGUCAAACGGACACUGCCAUCUCAGGUUUACAUCAACCCACCUGUAGCUAUCAUCAGUCCAGCUGCAACCAUCGACAGUGACCACCCAGAGUUUGAUGACCUCAUCUAUGCCCUCAAACUAGGCCGCAGCCUGACCCCCAGUGAGUUCUCCAGAAGCUUUGAUGAUGACAUGGAUCAGCUGUCUAUAGCACUGGAACAGUAUGAGACAAAGAGGAUUAACAUUGCAGACACACAUGUUUGA